AAAUGAGCAGUUCAUCAUGUAACAGCACCAGAAGCAGAAGCGACUGUAAAGGGAGAACUUCCCUCAAUUCCGCCUCCAAGAGCGAAAGUUCCCAAUCGGACGAUCCCACAUUGCUUCAACUUCGACCUACCGAAGAUGUGGUCUCCUCUACGGGGAGCAUGAUCGUCAUCUCCAAUCGCCUGCCAUUCGUACUGCAAAGGAAAAAGGACGGAUCCCUCGUAAGGAAAGCUAGUGCUGGUGGAUUAGUGACGGCCGUCGCUCCAGUGGUGAUCAAUGGAAAUGGUUUCUGGGUCGGCUGGCCCGGCAUCCAUCUCGACAACCCCAACGAACCCAUCCCGGAAAGUGACCCGGACGAUAUUUCGCCCACUACCGGCCUCAAAUCCGACAAGGUGAUAGUGGUUCAAAUCGAUCCUGUUAUCUUCGACUCGUACUACAACGGCUGUUGCAAUGCCACGUUCUGGCCGCUUUUCCACUCCAUGCCCGAUCGGGCCAAUUUCAAGCGCGAGCACUGGAAGAACUACGUAACCGCCAACAAGGAGUUCGCAGAAUGCACUUUAAGGGCUUUGCGACAAUUGCCCAGAAAAAACGCCAAUGAAGUUCCCCUGAUUUGGGUGCACGAUUACCACUUGAUGUUGGCUGCCAAUUGGAUUCGACAGUAUGCAGAAGACGAAGGAAUCCCAUGCAAGCUGGGAUUUUUCCUACACAUUCCAUUCCCUCCAUGGGACAUCUUUCGGCUAUUCCCGUGGUCCGACGAAAUCCUGCAGGGAAUGCUCGCCUGCGACAUGAUCGGCUUCCACAUUACCGACUACUGUUUGAACUUUGUCGACUGUUGCCAAAGAAACUUGGGCUGCCGAGUGGAUAGGAAGAAUCUGCUGGUCGAGCAUGGUGGGCGCACAGUCAGGGUGCGCCCACUCCCGAUCGGUAUUCCGUUCGAGCGGUUCGUCGAGCUGGCCGAGAAGGCGCCCAAGCUCCUAUCGACGAACCAGCAAAUCAUCCUAGGAGUAGACAGGCUGGAUUAUACCAAAGGCUUAGUGCACAGACUGUUAGCGUUCGAGAAGCUGUUGGAAAAAUUUCCCGAACAUCUGGAAAAGGUUUCGCUGCUGCAAAUCUCCGUGCCCUCCCGGACGGACGUUAAGGAGUAUCAAGAAUUGAAGGAGGAAAUGGACCAACUGGUUGGGCGGAUCAAUGGCCGGUUCACCACACCGAACUGGUCACCCAUUAGGUACAUCUAUGGCAGCUUGUCGCAAAACGAACUGGCAGCGUUCUAUCGAGAUGCCGCUGUCGGUUUAGUCACUCCUUUAAGGGACGGAAUGAAUCUGGUGGCCAAAGAGUUUGUCGCCUGCCAAAUCAACAUCCCCCCUGGGGUGCUGAUCGUUUCACCCUUUGCCGGAGCCGGCGAAACUAUGCAUGAAGCUUUAAUUUGCAACCCCUAUGAAAUCGACGAUGCUUCGGAAAUUAUUCAUAGGGCACUCACCAUGCCGGAAGAUGAGCGAAUUCUCCGAAUGAACUACUUAAGAAGGAGAGAGAAAUUGAACGACGUCAACUACUGGACGAAGAGCUUUCUGAGUGCAAUGGGGUCCCUCCAAACUCAAGACGAUCACGACGAAGUCGGUUCCAUUCUAAUGCCAGCUGUCACUUUGGACGAUUUCGAUGAAUAUCUAGCAAAGUAUAUUGGCAACUCCCUCAAGCUGGCUCUAUUGCUCGACUACGAUGGCACAUUGGCACCAAUCGCGCCUCAUCCGGACUUGGCCAUUAUUCCUGCCGAGACCAAGAAAGUGCUGGAGCGACUGUCCAACCUCUCGGAUGUGUACAUCGCUAUAGUGAGCGGAAGAAAUGUGGAAAACGUGAAACAAAUGGUUGGGAUUGAAGGAAUAACCUAUGCAGGCAACCACGGUUUAGAGAUUCUUCAUCCGGAUGGCACCAAGUUCGUCCAUCCGAUGCCCACAGAGUUCCACAACAAAGUCGGCGAGUUGAUGAGGCAGUUGCAAGAGACAGUUUGCAGGGACGGCGCCUGGGUCGAAAACAAAGGAGCUCUACUCACAUUCCAUUUCAGGGAGACACCCCAUCAUUUAAGGGCGGACUUGGAGUCGCAAGCACGCAAAAUGAUUGAAGAUGCGGGAUUUAUAGUGGGCAAAGCACAUUGUGCUAUAGAGGCGAAGCCUCCAGUGCAGUGGAAUAAAGGCAGAGCUUCGAUCUACAUCCUCAGAACGGCUUUCGGAGUGGACUGGAGCGAGAGAAUUCGAAUCAUCUACGUUGGCGACGACGCCACUGAUGAAGACGCCAUGCUGGCUUUGAAGGGAAUGGCCGCCACGUUCCGGGUUACUUCCUCGCAUAUUAUCAAAACUUCGGCUGAACGCCGUUUACCGUCAACUGAUUCAGUGCUAACGAUGCUGAAGUGGGUGGAACGACAUCUAAGUCGAAGGAAACCCUCCAUCGACCCCAACAACUACCGGAGAAACUCCCUGGCUAAGUCGGUCACAUCAGCGGUCCAAAUUGAAAUGUCUAUGCAGGUUCCGGCAGGUUCGAGCCCACCAUCUCCUAACCGACUAUCAAAUACUCUGGCCCUGCCAAACAAUUCGAAUAAUUCCCAUUAGAUUUAUAGCAUUUUAUUUGUGAUCGAUACACCACGUUGUCUACAGAGAGGGGAAACCAUUAAAGCCGAGAAAUUAAAAAAAUGUCCUAGCUUAUCUGUAAUACUGUAGCGGUGUGGAUUCCUUUCAAUUGUAAAUAUGUAAACAUAGCGUUUGUGAAGUUUUUUUCGGAUUAAUUUACUCUUAAUUUUCUAAACUGUAAGAAGGCCAGUCAGGCCCUUCAAUUCUGUAGACUGAUUAUUGUGUUAAUUGCACAAAUUUCAACUUAGCCGUACGCAAUAUAUUUAUUUUCUAGAACGUUACCUUUAGCUUUAAUUUCUGGACACCAAAGUAUAGUAGUGACCUAUUCUAAAAAUGAAUAUUUUUUGAUCCCAAUCGAUUUACAGUGUUUUUAAGAGUGUUCUCGAUUUGCCCCACGCUCAUUGCGGUGGAAAUUAUGGCAAAUCCCAUACCAAGUGUAUCUAGUAGGAUUUACCCCUAGUUUAGUUUAAGUAUGGUUUUUCACUUUGAUAUUCUUAAUUUUGUUCGUAAGUAAGUGAUCCUAAUAGAGUAUACCAUGUU